AUUUGAAGAAAGAUUUAGAAAUACAAUUUCGAAGAUUACAAGACACAGCAUGGCAAAACGAAGCUCUUAGGCCACCUGUUUCGCAAACUUCCUUGUCCGAAUCGAAUAUAGCUAAGAAUAGAUAUCCCGAAUUAGUAUCAAACAAAAUAAACCGUGUGUUUUUAAAAAGAUAUCCACCUCAUGACGAGGAAAGUGAUUACAUAGCUGCAGUUUACGUAGAUGGUUUCAAAGAACAAAAUCAAUACUUAUCGAGUCAAUUACCAAUGCCAACGACAUUUCGUGAUUUUUGGAGAAUGAUUGCAGAAUUAAAUAUUGAGCUCAUCGUCGUUUUACAACCMCCUGAUCCUGAGGACCCAACUUGUUGUCCUUURGUACCAGCUAACAACGAAUUUAAACCAACACCAUAUAUUAAUGUAAUCACUAAAGAACUUUCAGAAACUGAAUACUACGUAUCUAAUAAACUGAUGCUUAUUGACAACUCGGAGAAACCUACAAAGGAACAACCAGUUACAAUAUUAACUUGCAAACAAUGGGAAGCUGGGAAAAAUAAGGAUCCACCAUCUGCAAUGGCUUUGGUAAYAUUGUGGCAAGCAGCAGGUCGAAUUGCUAGAAUCAAUAGUCCUACAGCAGUUUUAUGCCACGACGGUGUAACAGGUUGCGGUAUUUAUUUGGCAAUGAGUUUUCUUUUAGAAAGAAUGGCCAUAGAAAGGGAAUGCGAUAUUUGUUUAGCAAUUAGAACGGUCAAACAAUUUAGACCGGACUUUGUUCGAACUAUCAAAGACAUGGAAUAUUUGUACGACGCGGCAUUAGCGUAUAUGGAAUAUUUUGAAACAUAUGCUAACUUUUCUUAAAAAUCUAAUAUUACUACUAAACAGAAGAUUACCCAUUAAGAUAAUGACACGAACAAAUAAAUAAACAUAGGGUCUUAUAUAAAAYGGCAUUUUCUAGGAUUACCUGUACUUUGUAUGUUUUGGUUCAUCUUAACAACAUAAAUAAACAUAAAAACCACAUAUACACAAUAA